UUCUAAGGUACACACAACACAACAAACUGGUGGAGUAAGAAAGAGAAACAGUUAUUCCACAGUUUCACUAAUGAAGCUUCUUGAAUUCUAGCUAACUUAAUACAAUACUCCUAUCUUAAUGGAAUUUCAGUUUCUUUGAUAUUUUUAUUUCAUUUAGAUUAAAUUAGAUCAUCCAAAAAAUGGCUUCUUUACAGUUAUUGAAGUCUCCAUUAAUCUCAUUUUCUCAGUCAAAAUCUAGUAGUUUUUCUACUAUGGUUGGAAGGAGGAGGAUAUUGGGUGUGAGGUUUCAAAGGAAAAAUCCAAUCUUGAAGACAUUUGUUGAUACUAAGUUUAGGGUUAGUUGUAGAGUUCAAGACAGCGAUAACCAGAGUAAUGGUGAAGAACCUCCAGAGUCAUUGUUUAUGAAAGAGUUGAGAAGACGUGGCAUGACUCCAACUUCAUUGCUUGAGGAGACAAACACAAACAUCAAAGAAGACGAGAAGACAAAUACUAGGGAAGAAGAUGGAGGUUUCUAUAGAAGAAAUGCACUGUCAACAGAUUCUGGAAGAAAUUUGACUAAUCAAAGGGAACAGUCUAUGGCACUGAAUAGCGAAGGCCUUGAGGGUUUGAUUCCACGGGCAAAACUUUUGCUUACUCUUGGUGGAACAUUCUUUUUGGCAUUUUGGCCGUUGAUCCUUGUAACUAUUGCAGCUUUCUCGGCUUGUUACCUGUAUUUUGGGCCUUCAUUUGUCCACUUUGCAAGCAACAGAUCGACAGAUCCACCACCAUAUAUCGAUCCUUAUGUACUACUCGAAGAAGAGAGGAUAUCACAGACAGCUCCACGUCUAAAUUGAGUAACUGCUUGUUUCAUGAAGUUAGACUGCUCAAAUGUCUUAAAAGGUUUCCAUUGCUUAUCCUCAGUAUAUUUGCCUUGUUAUUUUCUGGUUCGACAUUGCCAUGAUAGCUAGAAGAUACUUUUGUUGACUGAGAAAUCUUCUUUCUACGACUGUAAAAUUUGUAAAAAUGUACAAGAGAUAAGAUUUCCCGUUCUGAAGCCUAUACUGUAUAUUCUGGUAUAUUGAUCCUAAUAUUACAAUUUCAGAUC